AUAUUGUCAUGUAAAAGCCAGCGGCUAAGCACCUGACUCAUUACCUCAGCAGAAACUACCAGCUGCUACCCAGCAGCCCGCCUCGUGCUACCCAUCAUGCCCUGCGGCCACCACGCAUGCGCUCUGGCAGCUCGGCGCCGCAAAUUGAGUCUGAGUCCUACUUCGUGGAAGGUCGGCGUCCUUAGCUUGCUUUGCUGCAGGAUUCUUCUUUUGGAGACUCAUCAUGUCUUUGUGUGAAGACAUGUUGCUUUGCAAUUACCGGAAGUGUCGUAUCAAGCUGUCUGGGUACGCUUGGGUCACUGCCUGUUCUCACAUCUUCUGUGACCAGCACGGCAGUGGUGAGUUCAGUCGCUCACCAGCUAUCUGCCCUGCCUGCAACAGUACACUUUCUGGAAAGCUGGAUAUUGUCCGUACAGAACUCAGUCCGUCAGAGGAAUACAAGGCUAUGGUAUUGGCAGGCCUUCGGCCAGAGGUUGUCCUGGACAUCAGCUCCCGAGCACUGGCCUUCUGGACAUACCAGAUACACCAGGAGCGUCUCUAUCAAGAAUAUAAUUUCAGCAAGGCCGAGAGCCACUUAAAGCAGAUGGAGAAGAUAUAUACACAGCAGAUACAGAGCAAGGAUGUAGAACUGACCUCUAUGAAAGGGGAGGUCACCUCCAUGAAGAAAGUUCUAGAAGAAUACAAGAAAAAGUUUAGUGACAUCUCUGAAAAACUUAUGGAACGCAAUCGCCAGUAUCAAAAGCUCCAAGGCCUUUAUGACAGCCUUAGGCUACGAAACAUCACUAUUGCAAGCCAGGAAGGCUCCCUGGAGCAAGUGAUGAUCCCGCAGUCUGGUGUCUUUGGCUUCCCAUUAGGGAAUAGCUCAAAGUUUCCUUUGGACCAUACACCAGUUGGAAAUCGAGGUGAUGGAGAUGAAGAUGUUCAGUUCAGACCAUUUUUUGUGGGUUCCCCCACAGCACCUGAGCCCAUUAACAACUUCUUUAGUUUUGCUUCUCAAAGCCAUGAAGCAGAGCAGCAAGUCUGCAGCAGGGCCUUUAAAGCAAAAAGAAUUUAGCUCAUUUCACAUUUCCAGAUUGUUUUCUGCGUUUUACUCUAGAUGAAAUGAUUGGCCUCGCUGAGUUCUCCCUUCACCUCAGAAGUUGGCUUGUGGUGGGGUGUGUGGCUUCCUGCUGGGGGGUUUUGGUUUUCUGCUUAGGGCCUGAGCACUUCACGGAUCUCGGCUCUACGUUCAUCACUGCUCACACAGCCACUGUUGCUCAGGUCCCUGGUUCAGACCACACUGUGUUUAUGCUUCUGUAAGCACCAGGGUUAUACUUACAUGGCGCGUUGAAUCCUACUGUGUAUAUGUUAAAUAUGUGCAUUGAUUUUUCUCUGCUAAUAUAUUUAUGUAAAAAUUAUGGUCUUGGAAAAUGUUGACCAAAAAUAAUGGUCUUGGAAAAUGGUGGCUUGCUAUUUGCAUGUAUUUUAUACAGUCAUGUAUCUUCCUUUGUAUUAUUUUGUUUUGGAGGCAUGCUUCUGCCAGUGAAUGAAAGUGCAAUUUGAUGCACAUGUGUUAAGUUUAUAUUUAAAAAUAACUUAUAUUAAUA